GGAAUUUCGGAGCAUUUCGGAGCCUUUCUGCUGCCUUUAAAUCCGCUGGAUAUCGCACACAGCAGAGCUGGCCUGAUGUCAAAGGACUGAGCACUGCUGCUGCUGUGUUGCCAUUGGGAGCUGGAGGACGUCAGGGGGCGGCGCUAGUACUGGGAAGGUGGCUUGCAGAACGGGGGGGCUGGCAGCUCGCAUCAAGGAGCAAAUCUCAAGGGUCAAGCCACCUUGAGUUUUACUCGGCCUGAGACGUGGCCAGAAGACCAAGGUCUUGAGACAGGGUUGAGACAGGGACCUUCGAGACGCUCGCUCGUUGAAGCAACCGUCGCUGCAGGUGGUAUUUGCAUCACUGGACUAUUUGCUGGCUGGGGAGCAGGGUUCUGGUACCAAACAAAAUUUUUGGGCGAACUUCCUGUAGCGAAGAUGCAGGCGAGCGAUCGGUUCAACAUCAACAGCCAAUUGGAACACCUCCAAGCCAAGUAUGUCGGGACUGGCCACGCGGACGUGAGCCGAUUUGAGUGGGCCGUGAACAUCCAGCGGGACAGCUAUGCUUCCUAUGUGGGUCACUACCCCCUGCUAGCAUACUUCGCGGUUGCGGAGAAUGAGUCCAUCGGAAGGGAGAAGUACAACUUCAUGCAGAAAAUGCUGCUUCCUUGCGGCCUGCCACCGGAGAAGGACGAGGAUUGAGCUACAGCCAGAGAGCAGUUUGACAUCAAGUGUUUGAUAGCAUCUGCACUUCCCCGAGGUGGACCCGAUUCGGCUCUUGUCCCACGGUCUUUCUGCUGACCAAUCCAGGGGCUGAAAGGUCGAAAUAGAAGGAGCGGUGCUGUUGUCAUGUUGAAACACUACAUCUCUUCGACGAUAAAUCACUCGGCCUUGACAACCGCGACAUAGCUUCUGAAAUGGUAAACAUGCGUCUGCACGUCAAAGCUGUUUACUAGAAGCAUUUUGCAACUUUGAUGGGACUCGGUUCAGUUACGUGCAAGAAGUUGUUGCGAAUGACCCUCGUGCUCUUUGUAUUGUGAGAUCUUGAGGUGAGCGGCUAGAAAGCAACACAAUGAGUGGCUUCUUUGGUUUGACGCGAUCUAAUACAGAAGUGGAAUCGUUAAUAUAUUCGGGUUUGAAAACUGGAACGAGUGUUGCUCGUGGUACUGUGAUGCUUCGCCCAUUAUAGAUAGGAUGCUUAAUUCGAGGAUGGCUUUUCGGUCCCACUCAGAUAGGGACAUGGACAUAAGAUCCGCCGUUUUGAUUGGGCCGCGUGUCAAAAAGACCACGUGUCGAUCAUAGACCGGGGUCCGAGGCGCCGGAAAUAGAAUUUGAUGCAACGUCAUUCCUUCGUCACUCUUGACUUUCUAGAGAUCCCGGACGGGUAUAAUGAAUCAAUAUCUGUAUCGGACGGUUGUCCGGGGG